GAGCCCAGCGGCGGGUGUGAGAAUCGGUCAGGAGCCGCAUCUAGGAUCCCGAGAUCCGGAGAAGCUGGGGUCAGAGCGGCUCCUCAAGAGUUACUGAUCUAUGAAAUGGCAGAGAAUGGAAAAAAUUGUGACCAGAGACGUUUAGCAAUGAACAAGGAGCAACAUAAUGGAAACUUCACAGACCCUUCUUCAAUAAAUGAAAAGAAGAAGAGGGAUCGAGAAGAACGGCAGAAUAUUGUCCUAUGGAAACAGCCACUCAUUACCUUGCAGUAUUUUUUUCUGGAAAUCCUAGUAAUCUUGAAGGAAUGGACCUCAAAUAUGUGCAACGUAUAGAGAAACAGUUGCUUUUGUAUGCCUACUGGAUAGGCUUAGGAAUUUUGUCUUCUGUUGGGCUUGGAACAGGGCUGCACACCUUUCUGCUUUAUUUGGGUCCACACAUAGCUUCUGUGACGUUAGCUGCUUAUGAAUGUAAUUCAGUUAAUUUCCCUGAACCACCCUACCCAGAUCAGAUUAUUUGUCCAGAUGAAGAGAGUAUUGAAGGAGCUAUUUCCUUGUGGAGCAUCAUCUCAAAAGUUAGGAUUGAGGCCUGCAUGUGGGGUGUUGGUACGGCAAUUGGAGAGCUGCCUCCAUAUUUCAUGGCAAGAGCAGCUCGACUCUCAGGCGCUGAACCGGAUGAUGAAGAAUAUCAGGAAUUUGAAGAGAUGCUUGAACAUGCAGAGACUGCACAAGACUUUGCCUCCCGGGCCAAACUGGCAGUUCAAAACCUAGUACAGAAGGUUGGCUUUUUUGGAAUUUUGGCGUGUGCUUCAAUUCCAAAUCCUUUGUUUGAUUUAGCUGGAAUAACUUGUGGACACUUUCUUGUACCUUUCUGGACCUUCUUUGGUGCAACCUUGAUUGGAAAAGCAAUAAUUAAAAUGCACAUUCAGAAAAUCUUCGUGAUAGUAACAUUCAGCAAACACAUAGUGGAACAGAUGGUGUCUUUCAUAGGUGCUGUCCCGGGCAUUGGUCCUUCUCUACAGAAGCCAUUCCAGGAAUACCUGGAAGCUCAGCGUCAAAAACUCCACCACAAAAGUGAAAUGGGCACCCCACAGGGAGAAAACUGGUUGUCCUGGAUGUUUGAGAAGUUGGUCAUUGUCAUGGUGUUUUACUUCGUCCUGUCCAUCAUUAACUCCAUGGCACAAAGUUAUGCAAAACGACUCCAACAGCGGUUGAACUCAGAGGAAAAAACUAAAUAAGCAAAGAAAGUUUUAACUGCAGAAAUUAGAAUGACUGGGGCCUACCUUACCUGGGAGGACUCCAGAUGAGAGAGGGAAAGUCCCUUUUCC